CUUGCAGUACUGUGUGCAAAAAACUUGGUGAAAAAGGAUUUUUUCCGACUUCCUGAUCCAUUUGCUAAGGUUGUGGUGGACGGAUCUGGCCAAUGCCAUUCUACAGAUACUGUGAAGAAUACACUUGAUCCAAAAUGGAAUCAGCAUUAUGACCUAUAUAUUGGGAAGUCGGAUUCAAUAACAAUCAGUGUGUGGAAUCACAAGAAAAUUCAUAAAAAGCAGGGAGCUGGUUUUCUGGGUUGUGUGAGACUUCUUUCAAAUGCAAUCAACCGCCUUAAAGACACUGGUUAUCAGAGAUUGGAUCUGUGCAAGCUUGGGCCAAAUGACAAUGAUACUGUUAGAGGACAGAUAGUAGUAAGUCUUCAGUCCAGAGACCGAAUAGGCACAGGAGGACAAGUUGUGGAUUGCAGUCGGUUAUUUGAUAAUGAUUUACCAGAUGGGUGGGAGGAGCGGAGGACUGCUUCUGGAAGGAUCCAGUAUUUAAAUCAUAUUACACGAACAACUCAGUGGGAGCGACCAACACGGCCAGCAUCUGAAUACUCCAGUCCAGGCAGACCCCUGAGCUGUUUUGUGGAUGAGAACACUCCAAUUACAGGAACGAACGGUGCGACCUGCGGGCAGUCGUCAGAUCCCCGGCUGGCGGAGAGGAGAGUCAGGUCACAGAGGCACAGAAAUUACAUGAGCAGGACACACUUGCACACUCCUCCCGAUUUACCUGAAGGAUAUGAGCAAAGGACGACUCAGCAAGGUCAGGUCUAUUUUCUGCAUACUCAGACUGGUGUUAGCACGUGGCACGAUCCAAGAGUACCUAGGGAUCUUAGCAACAUCAAUUGUGAAGAGCUUGGUCCCCUGCCUCCUGGAUGGGAGAUCCGAAAUACAGCAACAGGCAGAGUUUAUUUUGUUGACCAUAACAACAGAACAACGCAGUUUACAGAUCCACGGCUAUCUGCUAACUUGCAUUUAGUCUUAAACCGCCAGAACCAACUUAAAGAUCAGCAACACCAGCAGCAGCAGCAGGUAGUGUCCCUCUGUCAGCUUCCAGAUGAGGCAGAGUGUCUGACUGUGCCAAGGUACAAGCGAGACCUAGUGCAGAAACUCAAGAUCCUGAGGCAAGAGCUGUCACAGCAGCAACCUCAAGCUGGCCAUUGUCGUAUUGAGGUCUCCAGGGAAGAGAUUUUUGAGGAAUCCUACAGGCAAGUCAUGAAGAUGAGGCCAAAAGACCUGUGGAAACGAUUAAUGAUAAAAUUUCGUGGGGAGGAAGGCCUUGAUUAUGGAGGUGUUGCCAGGGAGUGGCUCUACCUGUUGUCACACGAAAUGUUGAAUCCGUAUUACGGUCUCUUCCAAUAUUCCCGAGAUGAUAUCUAUACACUGCAAAUCAACCCAGACUCUGCAGUCAACCCGGAACACUUAUCAUAUUUCCAUUUUGUGGGACGGAUAAUGGGGAUGGCUGUGUUUCACGGACACUAUAUUGAUGGGGGCUUCACGUUGCCUUUCUAUAAGCAGUUGCUAGGGAAGCCAAUUACUUUGGAUGAUAUGGAAUUGGUUGACCCUGAUCUUCAUAACAGCUUAGUCUGGAUACUUGAGAAUGAUAUCACGGGAGUCUUGGACCAUACGUUUUGUGUGGAACACAAUGCGUACGGGGAAAUUAUUCAACAUGAACUGAAACCCAAUGGCAAAAGCAUCCCCGUGACAGAGGAAAACAAAAAGGAAUAUGUCAGACUUUAUGUAAACUGGCGAUUUUUACGAGGAAUUGAAGCUCAGUUUCUGGCUCUACAGAAGGGAUUUAAUGAAGUAAUCCCACAACAUCUGCUGAAGACAUUUGAUGAGAAAGAGUUAGAGCUCAUCAUUUGUGGACUGGGAAAAAUUGAUGUUAAUGACUGGAAGGCAAAUACUAGGUUAAAACACUGUACCCCAGACAGCAACAUCGUGAAAUGGUUCUGGAAAGCUGUGGAGUUUUUUGAUGAAGAGAGGAGAGCGAGACUUCUCCAGUUUGUGACUGGCUCAUCCAGAGUGCCUCUGCAGGGCUUCAAGGCAUUACAAGGUGCUGCAGGCCCACGACUAUUUACAAUACACCAGAUUGAUGCCAGCACUAAUAAUUUGCCGAAGGCUCAUACCUGCUUUAACCGAAUAGACAUUCCUCCUUACGAAAGCUAUGACAAGCUAUACGAGAAGCUGCUAACUGCCAUUGAAGAAACAUGUGGGUUUGCUGUGGAAUGACCCUUCACAGGCUCACCUGAGACUCUAUUUAUACUCCUGUCAGCCAGAAAGCCCUUCCCUCACCAAGACUCAAGAAAUGCUUGAAAUACAGGAAACUUUCCCUUUUCUACACUAGGACACUGGGAGGGAAAGGACAACUUUGGAUUUUUUUUUUUUUUUUUUUUUUUCAAGAAAAUAGGUUCUGUGGUUCCUGCCAUAGGAUCAUUCAGCUGCUAUUAAAAACUAAUAUCUUGAACAUACAGAAUGCUGACUUUUCCUACAUUUCAACAGUUAAGCAGUAUUCUAUACUUAAAGACUACUACUAUUUUUGUAAAAGGUAAUCUAUUAUAUUUGCCUACCUGAUUUCUAUUCUCAGAUACCAAGGCACAACUUCAGCAGUCGGUACAAGUCACGUUUCAGCCUGUUUUAAAUGUAUGAUACUGAACAGCAUCUAUACCUGCUAUUUUUGGAAAAAAAUAUUUUGGAUUAUUCUAACUUUGCAUAAAAUUGGCUGAAAGAAUCAUUAAUCUUUUUAAUUAAAGCCACUUACAUGUUAACUGCAUUUUCUUAUAGUAAAACAUUAUAUUCUGCAAUGUAAAUUCAACUUAAAGGUUACCACAGGGGGCUUUUUU